AGAAGAAUCAGAGAAUCAGAAAAGGAAGAGGACGGUAAUAAAAAUCAAAACCAAAACCAAAACUCAGAAGAAAAAAGAAAAACCCCAAAAAAAAACGCUCACACACAAAAAAACACACACUAUGUGAGUUCAUCAUUUUCGUUUCUAAGAUCGCGUCGCUCCCAAUUCCGAUUCUUCUUCUUUCACUCUCACUCUCAGCUAGCUCUGAUAAAACAGUUAUAAUUUAUUUUUAUUUUUAUUUUUAUUGUUAAUUGUUAUAAGAUUGUUAAAAAAAAUCAAUCAGCGGUGGUGGAGGGAGGAGGGAGCGACGGCGACACCAACGACGACGACGGUGAUAAUGUUUUUCUUAACUUAAAAACAAAUGACUCCGAUCGAAACCCCUAUUCAACAACAACGUUUAUCGUCGAAACGGAAAUUAGACGAUGACGACGAAAGCGUGUUAGAUGAUGACUUAGUGUAUGUGAGAAUGAGAAAAGAGGAGACUACGGAAACCACAGUUAAGCCGUGGAGCGGCGGAGGUUGCCGUGGCGGCGGUGGCAGUGGCGAUGGUUUAUUGAAGAAUAGAGGACCGGUUUGUUUUUUCAUUCGCAUGGUUUCAGAAGGAUACAGCGUUGUGAUGAACGCUUUUCCAGAAAACACUGUGCAAUCAAUUCAUGAACGCAUAUAUGAAAUGAAGAGAAUUCCUCUUUUCGAACAGAGGUUGAUUUUCAAAGGUAAACAACUUCAGUGGGAGCAAACUCUGGCUGAGUGUGGUAUACAGAAGGAUGUGAUUCUUGAACUAGUUGGUCGAAUGCGGAGUACGGAACAUCCUCAAGCGUGGCAAGUUGUGAAUGAUAUGGUUACUAUUGCUUAUGAUCUUUGUCUUGGUGAGAAUGUUCAGGAUCCUGUUAAAACUGUGAAGAAUUUACUCACUACUUACAUUAAUCUGGCUUUGGCACCAAAACCCAAACUUGAUUCUGAUUCUGCUACUAAGUAUUUUCAGAUUUUCACAAAUUGUUCGGCGAUUUCGAUUCUUGUUACUCUCUAUGUUUCGCCUUUUACAGGUAACAAGUCCUGCUCUGAUACUUGUAUUAGGCAUUUUUUGAAUUGUUGUAAGACUACAUUGUCCGAGACAUUUCAUACUCAGGCUGCGCGUGUGGCGUUGGAGUUUUGUAAAUUGCUUAGGAGAGUAGGGAUUCAUGAUCCUUUGUAUCUCUAUUGUCGGAAUUGUUUGGGGUUUUUCUUGGAAGCUUCUGACAUUACACUGGCUUCUUCUGAGGAUCAGAAUGACAAAGGUUCCGUGUUGGUUCAAGAUUUAUUCCCCUUUGUUCGCGAACUUGCUGAUAGUUUGUUGAUGGAUUUGGAUAUGAGCAUUGAUACACCUUCCUUUGCUUGUCCUGUGACGAGCAAUGUUGGUGAUUUUGCUGCCUUUUUAGUCCCUGUGAGGAAUGGAAUCAAGCAGCAGAAGUCUAACCGUGGUUUUGUACCUUACCACAAGCUCGGCAGGAACAGCUUGGUUCUUAAAGAGAUUGAAUACCUUUUUCUGUUGUACGAUCAAUUGUUGUGCAAAAUUGAAAUUUGCCUUCAAAAAAUGGAUAAGAGAUUCGUUAACAAGGAAAUGUCUCAUGAGGAGAAUUAUUUUCAUCCUGCAUGCUCUCUCUAUCUUUCCGUUUUGAAGGAGUUGCAUAAGAUUUCUAAGCUUUAUGAUGGUGCUUCAGAAAAGCUCCAGGGCGUUUUGACGCGUCAAAAGGCUGUGCUGUGUCAGCUGCUCGUUAAAUAUGCAAAGAGGAGCGACGAGCAUCAGUGGAUUCUCGAGCACAAGAAUGUCACCAAUUUCGAGGCUAGGAGGCAUUUGGCCAUGAUGAUGUUCCCGGAGGUUAAGGAAGACUAUGAAGAGCUACAUGAGAUGCUCAUUGACAGGUCUCAGUUGUUAACUGAAUCUUUUGAAUACGUUGCACGGGCUGAGCCCGAGUCACUGCGUGCUGGCCUCUUUAUGGAAUUCAAAAAUGAGGAAGCCACUGGCCCCGGUGUGCUGAGGGAGUGGUUCCUUUUGGUUUGUCAAGCAAUAUUCAAUCAGGAAAAUGCUCUUUUUGUUUCCUGCCCAAAUGAUCAAACGAGAUUUCUCCCUAAUUCUGCUUCCAAGGUGCAUCCUCUGCAUCUUGAGUACUUCAGCUUCUGUGGUCGAGUUAUUGCAUUAGCUUUGAUGCAUGGGGUGCAAGUAGGUAUUGUUUUUGAUCGGGUGUUUUUCUUGCAAUUGGCUGGAAAGUCUAUUUGUGUUGAAGAUAUAAGGGAUGCAGAUCCUGAGCUUUAUAGAAGCUGCAAGCAGAUAUUAGACAUGGAUUCUGAUCUAGUUGAUUCAGAUGCGUUAGGACUGACGUUUGUUAGAGAAGUGGAUGAAUUAGGACACAGGAAAGCGAUUGAGCUCUGUCCCGGUGGAAAAGAUGUUGUUGUUACUAGUAAGAACAGGGCGAAGUAUAUUUAUCUUCUUAUACAGAACCGCUUUGUAACAUCCAUAGCUCAGCAGGUGUCACACUUUGCCAAAGGUUUUGCUGAUAUUCUUUCAAGUACAAACCUCCAGACGUCCUUCUUUCAAGGUUUAGAUCCGGAAGAUCUUGAUUGGAUGCUGCGUGGGUGCAAAGAUGCCAUUUCCGUCGAAGAUUGGAAAAAACACACUGAGUAUAAUGGUUAUAAAGAGACUGAUAUUCAAAUAUCUUGGUUCUGGGAGGUGUUUUACCACAAGAAAAUAGGGAAAAUCUCCUUGAUUACAACUCUGCAGAAUUUUAUGACUCUGUAACCUCCAUGUCGUUAGGCCUCAAUUUACUCAAAUGACCAGAUAUACCUUCCUCUUAAGCCUUAACCGCUCUUAUUAACAUUGCAGGCAACUCAUUUCUCCAGUUAUUCCGACCCCCUCUGUUACAAACAAACUAAUGACUCCAACAAACUAACCAAAUCCAAAUCCCUUAACAAACUUUAAAGUUUAACCCUGCCUCAAAGGUGAAGAGAUUUGACAAAUCGAGGACAACCAAAUGACUUGGCAUUUAUUUCUCUCAAAAAUUCAAUUUCACUUACAUCUGAAAGUCCUGCCUCCAAGAGUCAUUUUUUUUCUGGGAUUGAGUCUAGAAGUUCCUGUGUGCUGGAGGCUUAGUUGGAUUACCCCCCGUCCCCUGCCAUAGAUGACAGAACCUUCUACACUGUCCAAUGAAGUUACUGUAUCACUAUAUGCAGUGUAGCCCGUUGGAAGAUGCUUAGUAUUAGCCAAUAAAUUAGACACACCUCUUUUAGCCGUAGCUCACUCCUUUUUUCAUUGUCUUGGGCUUGGUGGUCCGUUGAGUAAAAGUAUUGGCCAAAAUGCUUCAAUGACAUUCACACCCUCACCGUGGUAUCAGUGCUAUCGCCCAUACAACAGCCAUCAAUGCAUCUUCUACACCCUCAUAAAUAACUCAUCUUUGCUGCACGCUUCCAUUGCCUGAUGACCCUCUCCUCUCCUUCACCUGACUAUCACUAUGGUCCAGCAGGGGAAGCUUACCCGUGGGACUACGACCCUAAACUUUGCAGUUGUUUUUAAUCCUCUCUGGUGACUGAAUAAGAUUAUGGCAGUUUAGCAAAUGGAUGUGUGUUGAUCAGCUUGUACAAUAUUCUCUUAUCCAUGGAUGUUGCUG